GCGCCUCCUUUCAAAAAAAAAGGAAAGCUAAAGUAAAGGGAAAGAAGAUCAAAAGACACUGCUUGCUGUGCUUCAUCACCCUACGUCCACUUUCCUUAGACUCAGACAACAUGAAGGUGACCGUUCUGUCUUCCUCUGGGAAGACUAUUCUCGAGUUAAAAGAGCUCGAGGAGGGCAUGACAGUGCGUGAGCUGAAGAAUGUCUUCCACCGGCACAAGUCCAGCUUGUAUCCCUCACGGCAGAUGUUUCGACUUGAACCAAAGAGUCCUGGUCUAAAGGAUGAUGAUACACUGGCACAACACAAUAUCAGAGACGGCAGCUCCCUGUACUUCAAGGAUCUAGGUCCCCAGAUUGGCUGGUCUACAGUAUUCUUGUCUGAAUACACUGGUCCACUGGCUGCGUACAUGCUCUUCUACUUCCGGCCAAGCUGGAUCUACGGCUCUGCUGUGGCACAAGCCAGCUAUCACAAUGUUGUGCAUGUUGCUGCUCUCUGCUGGACCUUUCAUUACCUGAAGCGUGACCUGGAGACACUGUUUGUGCACCGUUUCUCCAAGGGCACUAUGCCAAUCCUCAACUUGUUCAAGAACUGCAGCUACUACUGGGGAUUCGCCGCAUUCAUCUCCUACUUUGUCAACCAUCCUCUGUACACUCCUCCCAUGUUUGGCGACUUGCAGUUCUACAUUGGUCUCGGUGGAUUCCUGUUCUGUGAAUAUGGCAACUUUGUCUGCCACUGCCUCUUCAGAGACUUACGCCCAGCAGGUUCGAAGGUUCGCCGUAUUCCCGUGCCGAACUCCAACCCAUUGAGUUUGAUGUUUCACUUUGUCUCAUGCCCCAACUACACCUACGAGAUUGGUGCAUGGUUCUUCUUCAGCAUCAUGACUCAGAGCCUUCCUGGUCUGCUUUUCACUGCUGGUGGUGCCGCUCAGAUGGCCAUCUGGGCACUUGGCAAACACCGCAACUACCGUCAUGAGUUCAAGGACUACCCACGUGGUCGCAAGGCAAUCUUCCCUUUCUUCCUCUAAACAAUUUCUUUUCUCUUUUCCUGACUUUUCUUUAGUGCUGCUGUGUGCUACUUUGAAAUGUUUUUGAACUACUUGAUUUAUAUCCUGCCCAGUACGCCACCGCCGUCCUACUGCCCGGGGAAAGCAGGUGAAGAGGCAGGUGCAUGCCCUGGCUGAGAAAGGCAGAACAGAACAACGUCCCUAUUAUGAUAUGAAUGAUGAGAUAAUGAAUGAUGCAUCAGUGUACAAUGUACUGCCACUGGCUGGCUGGCUGCCUUGUAGUCAAAUGUUUCAAUAUAACUUUACAAAUCAAA